CAGCACAUUUCCUUGCGUCAUCUGAAGCCACCGGAAGAGUGAGUUAUCUGUCUCCGCCCCGGCACCUCAGUCAAUCCAACCUGAAGAGAAGGCGAGUCCACGGCUAAAAAUAUAAUAGCUAACACAAGAUGGCCGGUUUGCCUCGUAGGAUUGUAAAGGAGACACAGCGGUUGAUGGCAGAGCCUGUUCCAGGGAUCACGGCUACUCCGGAUGAAGGGAAUGCACGUUACUUCCAUGUGAUCAUUGCAGGGCCUCAAGACUCUCCUUUUGAAGGAGGCACAUUUAGACUUGAACUAUUUCUUCCAGAAGAGUAUCCCAUGGCAGCUCCCAAAGUACGAUUCAUGACCAAAAUCUACCACCCCAAUGUUGACAAACUGGGAAGAAUAUGUUUAGACAUUUUGAAAGAUAAGUGGUCUCCUGCCCUGCAGAUCCGCACAGUGUUGCUAUCUAUCCAGGCGUUAUUAAGUGCUCCAAAUCCAGAUGAUCCUCUGGCAAACGAUGUUGCAGAGCAGUGGAAGAAAAACGAAAGCAAUGCCAUUGAGACAGCCCGAUCAUGGACCAAGCUCUACGCUGGCAACACUGAAGUAUAGAAGACGAGAGACAAGGCGUCUGAAUGUGAUUCACAAAAUGUACUCCUAUUCUGUCAACAUUCGAAUUUAACGGACACAAAAAAGAGAAAAAAAAGAUUAUAAGUCCAAAUCUAUUUGAAAGAAAUGACAAGAUUUACUGCUGCAGACCUCUGGGUGACUUAUUUUCCUCUCGAAGACGCGUUAAGUGUGUGUUAGCCUUUUUUUUCUGUGUUGCUAUUUAAAUGCAUGGACAGAGAUCAACACCCUCCCCACUACAGUCUUAGAAAAUAACAUGCAAUAUGUUGUCCUGAACCAGGCACAUACUGGUACGUUUGCAAAAUAUACUUGCAUUAAAGCUGUUCUUCUUUUAACACAUGCAUUUGUCAACACAUCUGUAUGUCUUUUCUGAGAGAUGACAUGUUAUUUCAAUACGUAGUGUGUGCAACUGUCUUUUCACUAGUCCUAGUAAGCAAAUGAAAAAUAUGAAUAUGAUGACGUUUGUCUUUACUCUUUUUAGGGAAUACGGUGAGUUUUUGGAAAAUAGCCCUUACACUCUACAAGAAGGUUAGUUGGAUUUCCACUCCUGUGUCUGUGCAUAACAACUCGUCACAACACUGAACAUUUAGUUGUUGAUGGUGCAGCAACUGUAGUGUAAAAUCAUUUCAUAUACAAAUGGGGCACUUAAUACUGAGCACAAAGGUGAGGGUUCCACAUCAGACACUUUCUGUAACCAUAACACCAAUCAAGUUAGAUUUUAAAGAAGCUGUAAUUAUACACUGAAAAACAGAGGGGUCUCAAAGGGCAAAGAUGAAGCAUUUUCAUCCAUAGACAACUGAGAGAGGUUUAUUCCAACAUUUUGAAUGAAAAGUUGCUGUAUACCUGCCAAAUUUACAGGUAGAGAAUACACAGUACUAAACAGCCCCAGCUAACAUUUGAAAGCAUUUAGUCCAUGGCUAGUGUCAACUUGGGGCUCCAGCAUAUGUAAUUUGUAUCUCUUUUUCAUUAUUUACAUUGUUUUACAUUGAUAAAAUAGACAAGGAUGUUGCGUGAAGAUGCCUGGGCCCAAUUAGAUGAGGACUUUGCUUAUAAUACUCUAAAAUCAAUGAUUUCAUGUCUAAUUAGUUUUUUUUUGAAAAGUAACGUCUGUUUGGCAGCAGUAUAAAAUUUUGCCUUUUUCUCUCCACUAAUCAAUUUUCAGUCAAAUGGGGACAGUUUGGGGAGGGUGAGCAGAUUACUUCCACAUGCUUUUAAAAAGCCAUUCCCAACACAUUCAGAAAGGUAGAAUGACACCCGUAGUUAGUGCUGAAAAGGAUCAGUAUGAUGUGUUGAAAAUGUCCUUUUUUUAAGGGUGUAGGUCGUUAAACUGUUUUUAUUGUUUUGUUUUUUUUAACUGUCUGUCCAUGCUAUCCAUGUUCUGUUUUCUAUUUUAUUUUCAGUGUUACUUCAUUAAAAAGGCAUGCACCAUAACCAAACUGAUAUCAGGAGAGUUUAAACUAGUAUUUCUUUGGGGUGUUUGUAAGAGCUGAGACGGUACGGUGUCUUUGAAGGGAAAGUUUAGGCUUUUUUUUUUUUCUUUCUUUCUUUUUUGAAGGUUUUGUCGUUAGUUUCAAAAUUGUCUUUGACCGUCAGAUGGUUUCCCCUGUUUUUGCUCGUUCUAUGAUACUGAUCUGUGAUGAUUAUGCAAGUGGGCAUUGAAUUAAUUGGGUUAUUGUGGUAGCAAAAACGUGAUAUUACAAAUAAAAAGUAUUAAACAUUAAA